AUGGAGGUGGAAAGACCUUCGCGUGCUCGACAAGGUGGCAAGGCAGCAGCCUGGGCUGCUGCUGUGGUGCUGUUGUUCUUUGACGGCGUCGGCGAAGGCUUCGGAGGACUAGUGCUUCCAGAUUUGGCGGUCAUUGGCUAUGCUGGAUAUGAUGCCUGUGCAGGUGCAGGAAAGGGAUCGAAAGCCUGCGACGAUGCCAUUGCUGCAGUCACCUCGACGGGUGUUACGGUCCAGAUGGCUGCUUCAAUUCUGAACCUCCUCUGCAACCCGAUCGUGGGUCGAGCUGCCGACCGUUUCGGCCGACGACCUGUGAUCAUCCUGGCAGUCCUGGCCAGCAAGAUCUCCUCACUGUCUGUCCUCUUUGUCUACUACCUCAGGUGGCCCUUCUAUUUCUUCUACGCAGGCUCUCUUCUGCAGUCUUUCGUUCCGACUGGAGUUCUCUUCAAUAUCUGGGCCAUGGACAUGACCGACGAGGGGGACCGGACCACGUUCUUUGGCAUUAUCGCAGCGGCCACCAUACUGCAGAGCGCUGUGGCGCCCACGGUGGGUGAAGUGGUCACCGACCCUGCGACCCUCCUGGACUUCAUGGUCUUCUUCAAGCUCAUCGCGGUCCUGGUCGCCAUCUUCCUCCUGCCGGAGUCCAAGGGUUUCAGCCUGCGUGCUGGAGGUGUUGCGCCAGAGACCACUUCCGACAUGUCCUACUGGGAGUGCUGCAAAAGACUCGUUCAAGACCCUACGUCGCGGACAGUGCUGAUCCUCGUGCUUGUAAGCAGCGCGGUGACACGAGGCACUGCAGAUGUCAGCGGCCAAUACAACAAGAACGUCUUUGGGAUGACUUCAAGGCUGCGGGCUACUUUCACCUUGAUUGGGGUUGCCAGUGGCCUCUUCUGUAACCUGGUGCUCCUCAAACUGAUGAAGACAAGGCUGAGCACCAAGAGGCAAGUGCUGAUCUCGAUGUCCGCCGGCAUGGUGAGCGUCUUUCUGAACUUGGUCGCCCGAUCUCUGGGCCCGCUUUAUGUGGCGACGGCCCUGGGCGGCCUCACAAGCCUCUUGGGGACCUUCGUCAACGUGUUGAAGGUCAACGUGGCGCAGACAUCCGGGAUGCCUGCCGGUGCCGUCGUAGGUCUCUUUGAGUCAGCGAGCGAGCUGAUGGCACUGGUGGGGCCGCCCUUCUUUACCGCUGUGUUUCUUGCCUCCUUGAAGCCCAUCUUCUGGGGGCAGAAGUUCCCACAGUUGAUUUGGGCGGUCGCGCUGGUGAUGAACGCUUGCGUCUUCCAGCUCCUCUACAUGAUUCCCGCUGCUGCAUAUGAUGCGUGGCAGCCGCCAGCCGAAUCAUCAGCGGCCUUGACAUCAUUCCCUGUUUAA